AUGUGAUAUGCAGCCAGUCUGAUUAUAGCUAGAACCUGGUCCAGUCGAGAUGAUCAGCGCAAUAAUUGCUGCUAUUGCGGUGCCUUUUAUCUUCGCCUAUUUCUACAAAAAUGCCUACAAAAGACCGAAGAAUUUCCCUCCAGGUCCUCCCAGCCUGCCCGUAUACGGAGCGUACUGGAUCAUCCUGGCGACCGAGUUCAACAAUCUUUCUGAGGCGUUCCGAAAAAUCGGCCAGAAGUACAAGUCCAAGAUAAUCGGCAUGUUCCUCGGCCCGUUCCGGACGAUCGUCAUCAACGACCCCGGCAUGAUCAAGGACAUGCUCUACCACGAGGACUUCGAUGGCAGGGUAGAUAGCAUCGUCAUGAGGAUGCGGUCGUAUUGGAAAAAACUGGGUAUUUUCUUCACGGACGGAUACUUCUGGCACGUCCAAAGGCGGUUCUCCCAGCGGUACAUGCGAGACUUCGGAUUCGGCCGUCGUGACCAGGAGUUGGAGUGCGUGCUUGAAGGAGAGAUCAAGGAGAUGAUUGACAUGGCUGUCAAUGGACCUAAAUAUCCUGCUGAACACGAAUUGGUAAAGGGUGACCUAGUGUACAUGCCUCACUACUUCGCCGCGCCCUUCGUCAACGGACUUCUCCAUGUCGUUAGCCGCAUGACUUUGCCAAGGGCAGAGUACGACGCACUCUGGAAAUUGGCAAGAGGCGCACUCCUCUUCCAAAGGAGCUCCGACGACAUCGGCAGAGCCCUCGCCCAAACUCCAUGGUUAAAAAACAUCAUCCCGAACCUGAGUGGAUACAAUGCAUUGAAAGAAGGGAACCAAGCUUUGCUGGAUUUCUAUACGCAACUCAUCAAAGAAGUAAUGGCUACCCAGGACGACAGCUACGAUCGUCACUUUCUGGAUAUGUACAUCAAGACGAUGAAGGAGGAUAACACCAAAGGACGCUCGACCUUUUCAGGCUUUUUGGUGAAUUUAGUGGACCAACUGGCCUUAACGUGCGCUGACUACACGCUACCAGCGGCGUCUGCGGUGGAAGCGGUGCUGGCCAUCCUGGUGGAGCGACUGCUGCUCCAGCCGGAGAUCCAGGACCACAUCCACGAGGAGAUAGACCGCGUGGUCGGCAGAGGCCGCCUACCUAACUUGGAUGACAGGAAAGACAUGCCGUACACCGAAGCGUGCAUUCGCGAGACCAUGCGGCUGGACACCCUGGUUCCGCUCGGCGUGGCUCACCGCGCGGUCGUCGACACCAAGUUCCAUGGCUACGACAUUCCUGAGGACACCAUGGUGACAGCUAAUUACAUGAUCCUGCACCAUAGCAAGGAAAUCUGGGGCGACCCUGAGGUGUUCCGCCCAGAACGAUUCAUCAAGAAUGGCAAACUUGACGCGGCUCUAGACAAAUCCUUGCCUUUCGGAGCUGGCAGGCGCCUGUGCGCUGGAGAGACCUACGCUCGUCAGUGCAUGUUCCAGGUGUUCUCUGGCUUCAUGCAAGCCUUCCGCGUGUCCACAGCUGACGGCAAGCCCUUGAAGGAGCCCGUCAAGAGGCUACAAGGCAUCAUCAACACCGUACCAGACUACUGGGUCCGCGUCACACCCAGGAGCUAAGCUAGGCCCAUCAUUGACCUACUAGGGGCACUUCUGGGCACGUGCCCAGAGUGCCCUGGGUAUAAAGAGGGACCUGGCUAACUGACAAUAACUAGCUGAUAAUGUUUGUUGAUAUUAGUAAUAGGGCAAUGUUCGAUUAUUUAUUAGGCCUUGGUAACUUAUCACAAUCUGAUAUCAUUAUAGUUUGUAGAUACCAUGUUUAAAUUUAGUGACUUUGAGACAAAUUGUUAUUAUUUAAUUUAUUCCAUCCAUGUCUAUAGAUUAUAAUAAUACGGCAGAAGACCCCACCCUAUUUUGCGAAAAUAAACUAGCAUUAACUACGAGUAUUUUUAAGUAGUACCUAAUUGAGUAUUUAGCAUAAUAAUUCUGAUGUAGAGACUUUCAAACCAAUUCUAUUCAUCAUCCACUAAGUUUAGAAGCAUUUAACACCAAACUGAUAUACCUAAGAAUAAAUGAAUUCAGGAUUGCGUCGAGCUUUGCGCCGGUUGUAUGCCGGAGGCUUAGCUAAUUAUUUAAUUAUAAAACAUAACUUGUUUUACAGUCGUUGCCACAUUAACGUACUGGGUGCCCAGAUCUACAUAUAAGAUCAACAACUGAGAAAUUCGUAUAAUUGUGGCAGAACCUGUUUUUUCUUGCCCUACAUUAGGUACACAAUCACGUAUCAAUUUAAUUAGAUUUCUUUGUGAGUUUAUUAAAAUACGCCAGGAAUAAUUUCAUCAAUCGAUCUAUUUAAUUUUUUUUGCCUUACUAACAGGCUUUCAGUAAAAAAUGUCAACAUAAGAAGUCCAAACCAAAUAUAAAAAACUUCAAUAACUACAAAGGAUAUCAUACUGAUCACCGUCUGAUCACCUACC